AAAUAUCGGCUCUCUCUCUCUCUCUCUUUCUCUCUCUCUCUCUCUCUCUCUCUCUCUCCACAUUGAUGAUCAGAAGUAGGCGCGAAGCUCAUGAGAGGUCUGAGAUCGGAGCUCUAAUGACAUCAAAUCAGUCAAUCAAUCUGCUGCGCUAUUUACAACAGUCGUUGAUCUCAACAUCAAACGGCUGUGCAGAACGCGCUGCAGACAGCGCUACAGACGACGAUGCAGACAACGCUUCAGAAAAUGAUGCCGCAGGGGUUGGAGUGGAGUGGGCUCGUGUGAGAGAGAGGGAUAUAACAGCUGGCUGUUACAGUGCAGGGGGCAGAGGGGAGUUUCGCUGAGGUGAGUGGAGGGGGCGAAUGUCUGGGGCAAUCUCUGCGAAAGGGAAGACCUGCUUGUUUCAGAGAAGAUGAUGAUGAUCCGGCAGGAGUGGGGGUGGAGUGGGAUUGUGUGAGAGAGAGGGAUAUAACAGCUGGGUGUUGUGCAGGCGGGGGAGGGGAGUUUUUGUUGAGGUUAGUGGAGGGGGCGAAGGUCCGGGACAAUCUGUCUGACAAGGAAGACCUGCUUCUGGUCCCUCCUCGCAUCACUGUACCUGUCGUGAGAUCCUCCUAGUUGUUGAAAGAAAGAGUGGGCGGCAUGUCGAAGGUGCUGGCUACGUGUAUUGCCGGCAGACUUCCAUCCGAGAUAUUGCUGGCGUGUAAUCCUCUAUCUGGAAACAGGUGUGGCAGUCAUGAUGGCAUUGGAGGGAUGCCCCUCCCCUCCCCAGCACAUGAUCCCAGUGUCCCUCGUGUCGCCACGUGCCAUGUCGUCGUGUGCGAGGCUGCUGUCCUUGCAUCUUGUGCAGGUGGUAUGGACCCCUCGUCUGGUGCUGGACCAAUUCGAUGCGUUUCCUUCGGAGAUGGCCGAUCGCGUUCCAGAGCCCGGGCAAUGCGCGGGCACCGUUUGGCUAAUCCCGGGGCACAAAUCGAUUUCUGGACCUGCACAUCUUGCCUGGCAAAAGGCUGUCGCCGCCAGCAACGAUCUCAGUCGAGCGCGGAAUGCGUCAUGCCGCAGAGAAAUAGGCUAAAGAGCGUAAUGGAACUGCAGAACAAGCGACAUAGCUCGUUCGUCUGCCGUAUUGCAAGCACUGGUACUAACCCCAGUCACGUGGAGGAGGAUACGCCAGGUCCGGAGGCAGCAUUCGCCUGCAGUAUUGCGAGCACUGGUACGAACCCCAGUCAUGUGGAGGACGAUACGCCAGGUCCAGCGGCAGCACUAGGAGAGAACUCACCCUCACCGCCAGACUCAGCAGAUGCGAGGUCGGCUGCAGCGGCGUUGGUUCUCCUACGCUUGCCUGAAGUCUUGGCAACGUCGAACCUGGUGAACAGAGUUAUUUAUGGCAGCCUUCUCGGGGCAGGGGCACUGUCGGCGUUGUUGAUGGGGGGUUGGGUUUACACUGGCGGACUUUCGAUCGUCACGUUCUUGGCGACGAGGGAGUACUUUGGACUUGUCAUGGAGAAAGGCAUCGCACGGGGCAUGAAGCCACCACCGCCCAUUGUGACGAAAGUGUGCACGCUCAUGUGUUCGGCGAUGCCGUUGCUUACAAUGUAUUAUAAUGGACGAGUGGGCGCAGCAUUGACGACUGCGGCGUUUGUGCUAGUCUCGGUGUUACUGCUGCAGCCCUCGCGGCCGCGAUUUGCGCAAUUCUCCUCUGUCAUAUUUGGGCUUUUCUACUGCGGGUACUUGCCGUCGUUUUGGGUCAAGCUGAGAUGUGGACUGAACGUACCAGCCGUUGGAACGCAUCUAGCAGGGAAAUGGCCAGUUUUCUUUGGAGGCAGGGCUCAUUGGACAGUAGGGCUCCUCGCGACGAUGGUGGCCAUGUCGUGUGUUGUUGCGGCGGACACCGGUGCCUUCAUGGGAGGCAAAUCUUUCGGUCGAACACCUCUGAGUGCAAUCAGUCCGAAGAAGACGGUGGAGGGCGCGUUGUCAGGCUUCGCGUUUGCACUUGGAGUUGCUGUUCUUCUCUCCAAGCUCCUCCAGUGGCCCGUCUCUCUACCAGGCGCAGCUAUGCUAGCAGCCUUAACUUUCAUCUCCAGUCUGUUUGGCGAUCUUAUGGAGUCGAUGAUCAAGCGCGAUGCCGGAGUUAAGGACUCUGGCACUCUGAUCCCAGGCCAUGGCGGUAUUCUGGAUAGAGUCGACAGCUACGUCUUUACUGGUGCUCUAGUCUACUCUUUUGUGAAGAUUGGUCUUCCUUUGUUUGGCCUGUGAACAUUCUGGCGGCGUUUUCUCUUUUAAGAUAAGCAGUGCUCCAGUCAUCGUAAAGAAAAUGCAAUUGUCUGUGUGCUCAUUCUAUUUGACACCUACCACCUGUUAUUGCCGAGUUCGAUCUAUGGUGUAUGUACACGACCGAGCGAUGUUCUCAAGUUCUUGAUAAGGGGGGCCGAUGGGAGUUGGGUGGAGAACUCAGGAGAAGGGAGGCGGAAAACACACGAGUAAGUACAAGACUUGUGGAGUGGGAUAGCAUCUUGUCUUGUGGAGAAAUGGUAUUGACUUGGCAGUUGGGCUGGCCUUGUGCUAUGUGAAGCCGAAGGUGCAGCCUAUAACUUUUCAAGGCAGAGGGAGAGCAACUUAGUUGUAUUAAAUCGUAUCAAUUCUUUUUAAUGUGUUCUGAUUACACGUCAGCGAAACGUCAAGUUUGAUUUCCCUUCAUGGAUGGUAGGAUGAAGGUAGAUAGGCUGGGGGAAGCAGAGGUUGAGCCUGCUGAGUAAAGGGAAGCCUGAUCAGGAGAGCCAAAGAGACAUUGGCCUGCGGAGUGUGAACAACUCUGUGUGGGAGAACCUGCGAACUUGGAACCGGGAAAUGUUUUUGGAAUGGAGUUGGGGAAGACACAAGGAGAGAGAGAGAGAGAGAGAGAGAGAGAGAGAGAGAGAGAGAGAGAGAGAGAGAGAGAGAGAGAGAGAGAGAGAGAGGUUCGUAGUGUUGGAAGAGGCAGACACUGAUCCACAUUCGCUUCUGCAUUCAUAGGCAUCGUCAACCUCCAGGGAAGGGAAACCUUUUCAUUCUCUGUGGAGUUGCUUGAUAUGAACAAUUGGAGGAUAAUGGCUUGAGGUUGAGGUUGAACUAGGGAUUGACAAAAGGGGUAUACUACGAUACUGUGAGCUGAGGUGGCAUCAGAAGUUGUUGCCUUGUUGCGAAUCUUCAUGGGCAAGUAGAGGAGACACCAUUGGGAGGAUUCAUCUGCAUAUGUACCUCUUCUUGGCUGUGAUGGAGUGUGCUGGCUUCAACUUAUCUGCAUCUGUGGCUUUAGGAUCGAGGACUUGGCGAAUUCACCCUUUUUUCGUAGGGUGGGCAGUGGCGUGUUGAACCGAGAGAAUGGACACGGUUUGUCGGCACGCAUUGGGACAUUUGUUGGGGCUCUGGUAGUCUGGACUCGUGUUGCACUGCACGCAGACGGAACAUGUGUUGGGAGUCUGAUUAUCUGAUAGUCUGGAUUCACGUUCCAAUCCUGUGGAGUAGUGUCUUCUGGAUUCUCACGUGUUGAGUACAGGGUGGAAGGGGGACAUAAAUUUGUUGCAUCUGUCUCAGUUUGUCUUCAUACUGCAGACUACAGCCAUGGAAGCGAUCGCGACGUUCACUUUUUGCAACGGGCACUGACGUCGCCGACAAUGACUGUAGCGCUUGACCAACGCCGAUGGAUCUGCUGAAAGGUGUGCUUGUCAGUCCCAUUUAUGGAGGAAGGGUGGUUGUAGGUCCUGUUCCUGUUGUCAAUAUGGCACUCAAUAAUGAUUGGUUGAGGCCGUGAGGAGGAUGCGAAGCUCGCCACGGAUGAUAGUGAAGGAUAUAACAAGGCGAUGUCUAUGGUUGGUACUGUUUUGAUAUCUUCCUCGAGAUGUGUUCAUGUUUGGUUGCACUACUGAUGCCAGAGAUUUCGACCAACCUGCAGACGAGGGCAUCACUAAACAUAUCGAUUUCCUCUCCCGAGAUAGUGGUGAUGGAUGGAUGGAUGUAUUUUGGAUGGGGGUUAUGGAUCGAUAUAUGGAAAAAGCUUUAUCCUGUCAGGAAGAGGGAUGACUCUUGGUAAGUAGUCAGGCAGAGGGCAGAGUCGAUCAAUUCCUGCUUCCGCGAGAGGGGGGGUCAGAUGGGUGAAUAUGUCCUGCAAAAGGGAUAGUAAUUGAUGGGUGCAUUCCUCCUCCUCCUCCUCCUCCUCCUCCUCCUUAGUUCUCGUUGUCGUCCUUCUCUCUGAGAGAGAAUGGAUGUAACAGUGAAGUCUUCUAGUAGUGGUGGCUAUAAGGUGCGUAGAUGGAUGGAUGGAUCGACGGAUGGAUGGAUUCCUGCUGUAGAACAAUGUGUUUGGGGAAGACGAGGGAGGUUAUCGAUGGAUGGGUGGGUGGGUGGCUGGCUGGCUGGAUGCAUGGAUAGGGGGAUGGAUGGACCGCUCUGUUCUCUUUUCUCUUUAUAUUCUGAGUGGUAUAGGUAACUUGGUGUAUAGUUUACUAGUUGAAGUCAACCAGUCGGCUGUCCCUCGUUGUAUUCAGUCUGCGUCUGCGUCUGAAUUUUAAUUGUCCACUGAUGUGUAUAUUGAAAGAACGCAUGUCUGUAUGUAAUAACACGACAUUUGUGACUCUCUGGUCUUCAAAUCUUGCACUGUCACAUGGUUCAAUCAAUUCCACAAAUCAAUUUUGAUGUUGAGA